AUGUUGAGGGUGUCCUCACUGAGCCAUGUUUCAAUGAAGCAUAGAACCCCAGAUGAGGAGAAGUCUCUGUUUAUGUUCCUUAUCAGGAUGCCUCGUGGCAAAGGGUACCGUAGAGCUCAGGCCUUGAAGAGCAGACAGUUUAUGCCGAAGCCUGUGGAGGAGCUGUUCAAGGUUGUGCCAAGCUGUACGGCUUUUACUCCACGUCACGGAACAGGCUUCAGGCACAGGGUUUGCCGUUGGCCCUUGUCGCCUAACACAGGCAAAAGCUUGAAGGUUAUCAUCCCACCAGAGACUUCAGACAAGAAGUUUGUUUUCGUCAUUGGAGAUUCACAUCUCCGAGCCAUUGUGGAUGGCUAUGUGAAGGUGCCUGAGGGGAAGCUGUCCUUUGGCUACCUGUCGGUUCCUGGUGGUACAGCAGCCCACCUUACCACUGAGGUCCGGCAGUUAGUUAUCCCACGUGUUCCAGAUGCAGUGUGUCUGCUCGCUCCAAGCAACAACCUGGACAGUCCAAUCUCAGAAGGAGAAAAAGACUUCAAGCGUCUUUUGAACACUGUUUCCACUCUUUGUCCAAAUGUUUUUGUUUUGGAUUUCCCUCCAAGACUGAGCCAUGACAAAGUUGUGCAGGACCAUCUGAGGAUGAUGUUUCAUAGAGUCUCAGUACAAAUGGAUGUCCCAUACUCAUCAAUUGCUGAGAACUUCCCCUUUCAUCGCCUGGAUUUGUGGGGCAGAGAUGGGGUUCAUCUCAGUGACAGUGACGGCAUGGACAUUUUUGCACAAUUGCUCUGGCAAAAAACAUACCUGCACCUCCAAAGUCAGAAGGCCCAGGUUACCUCCAAGAAGUCUGCUGCUAGAGUGGUCGUUGAAGAUGCAAAGCCCAUUCAACCCCAAGCAGACCAAUCUAAGUGGAGAGUUGUUUUGCCUGGCAAGAAGAGGUCUACUCCAGCUGGUCCAAAGGAGCAGAGAUCAUCUUCAAAGACAAUUCGUCUUCAUGAGGCCGAAGUCUGCUUUGCGGUGAAUCCUAAAUACUUCCAUGAAGAUCUGCUGCAUGUCUUGGAAAAAGACAGUACUGGAUGUCCAGAUGUGCUUUCACCAGAUGUCCAACACAAAAAGGUGGUACAACCUGAAGGAAAGCCAGUGUCCUCUGGAAAAGACAUAAGUGUUGUUAACAUGCAGGGACAGGCAACAACGAUCCAGAAACCUCCUGCCAGUACAACAGCACCAAUAAAGGAGCAAGUGAUCAUGCCGUCUGAUGAUCAUGAAUGGCCAACACUUGCAGAGAGUUUAAAGACAUCUCACAUUCAUCCUAAAGGCUCACGUGGCACACUGAUGUCUCGUCAUCAGAAGUACCUGAAGGACUGCUGUGUGGUCCUUCAAAAGCUGAAAGUCAAAACUGAUGACGACAGUGUGCCAUCACCAGCCCCCAAUGACAAAACUUAUGCAGCUGCUGUCCAAGACCAAAGAUCUGUUUCACGCACAGAUGUCACCAAGGACCAGGUUUGCUGUCACUCCCAGGAGCAUUUGAAAGACUGCUCUGAGGUACUACACCAUCGCCGGAUGAACGACAAAUACAGUGUUCCAUCGCCUGUACCAAAAGACAAAACGAACGCAGAUGCUCUCCAAGACCAAGGACCUGUUGACCUAGGAGAUGCUACAAAGCAACAGGAAUGUAAGGAGAAGGAGACAAGUGUUCAACCUGUGAAGUUCCAUGAUGCUCCUGGUGCUGCAGCUUCAAGUGUUCCCAUUGCAUCUUCUUCAUCAAAUCAGGAAAAAACUGUGAGUAAUAUUCUACCCAGAUUAGAUGAUCAGAAUCUAAUGAUUAAAGUGAAACUGAAGCGAAAGCUGACAUACAAGGGUCACUAUGACUAUCAGUAUGUCAACGCUCUGAAAGUACAUAAUGCAAUUGCAUACCUUAAAUCUCACAAUGCGUUUUACAAAGAUGUACAGUUUAACAGUGCAUGGACAAAUCCCCUAGAAAAAGAGUCUGAAAACUCUACCUCUGAAACUGACAAUGCCACUUUGGAAGAAGACAGCAAUAGAGCUGAAAUAGAGUGUGAACAUCCUGGCAAAGGAGAUGGCAGUGGCACAGAGGUAGAGUCUGAAGAUCUUGUUAGUGAUGAUCAUUUUAAUGAUAGACAACAGCAUGGGAUGUUUUUGGACACAUGUAUGCAACCAGUAGACAUUGCCCAAGAAAUACUAGACAACCAUUUUGACAGUGUUUUAUCAGUAGCACCAGCUGAGGGAAAUGCUCCAGUCAGAUUGCUUACCGAUACUUCUAAUGAGGCUAAAUGCUUUCCAGUUCUGUUUCCCAAUGGAACAGGUACAUUUCAUGAUGCAAGAGAGCAAAGGAUUACACUCAGCAAAUAUUUAAACACCCGAAUUCUCAAUGCUGAUGGCAGAUUCGGCAAGAACUUGGAUUAUAUCUUUUAUGCACAAUAUUUGUCAGAAGUUAAUCAAGUUGUGUCAAAUGUUUCCAUUGCACUGAGAAAGGGCUACCAUGGCUUAGACAACACCAACAUUACAUCAUCCAUGCUGGGCAAUACAGACUUUUUGAAGAAUGUUUUAAAUGCUGACAUGGGCUAUAAGUUCUUGAAGCCCAUUAGAGGUACACCAGUAUUUUGGCAGGGAGUUCAAAAAGAUCUGUUUGCUUACGUUAGACAACUUGGCAUUCCUACAUGGUUUGCUUCCUUUUCUUCAGCAGAUUUAAGAUGGCCAGAAUUUAUGGAAGCUUUUAUGGCUAUAGAAAACAUUCAAGGCAAUAUUCAUGACAUGGACUGGGCACAGAAAUGUGACUUAUUGAAAAACAAUCCAGUGACAGCAGCCAGAAUGUUUGACCAUAGAUUUAGAUCUUUUUUAAAAGAUGUUAUCAUGUCUCCCGCUCAGCCAAUUGGUAAAAUCAUUGAUUAUUUUUAUAGAGUAGAGUUUCAGCAACGUGGAUCAUGUCACACUCAUUGUCUAUUUUGGACCGACGGGCCUAAAAUAGGAGUCAACACAGAUGCUGAAGUCAUAGCAUUUGUAGAUAAAUACGUUACAUGCGACCUCCCACCUGACAGUGAUCCUCUCCAUGAAGUGGUACAUAGUGUUCAAAUGCAUAGCAAAAAACACUCUAAAAGUUGCAGAAAAAAUCACACAACUUGCAGGUUUCACUUUCCCCGACCACCAAGCAACAAUACAUUCAUAUGCACACAGGAAACGGAUGUUGACAAUAAGGAAAACCCAUCUGACAAAUCAUCUUCAGAUUUAAAAAAGGCAGCCAAGCAUAUCAUGACCAAAGUUAAAGAAGCUUUGACCAGUGAAAACAACACAUUUAGUAGCAUAGAUGACUUGUUUAAUUCCAUUGGUAUUGACCAGACUACAUUUGAAACAGCCUACAAACUGACCUCUACAAAAACAACUGUCGUCCAUAAACGAAGCAUAAACGACAUCUGGGUUAAUCAGUAUAAUACAGACCUGCUACGUUGCUGGAAUGCAAACAUGGACAUCCAGUUUGUCUGUGAUGCAUAUGCAUGCAUUGUUUAUAUCAUUUCCUACAUAUCCAAAGCAGAAAGAGAAAUGGGUUUGCUAUUAAAACAUGCACAAAAUGAAAUCAAACAUAAUGAAAACCUGGAUGCAAAACAAGCGCUUAACAAAUUAGGGAAUGUGUUUCUGCAUAACAGAGAAGUUUCUGCUCAAGAAAGUGUGUAUCGGGUAACAAACAUGAGAUUAAAAGAGGGCUCUAGAAAAGUCACAUUUGUUCCAACAGGUGACAACAUUGUCAGAAUGAGCUUACCUCUUAAUGUCAUUCAAAACAGUGCUAAUGGUAAUCAGAUCUGGAUGACAAACAUUACCGAUCGAUACAAAAGCAGGCCUAAGUCCAGUGAAUUUAUGGACAUGUGCAUAGCUACUUUUGCCUCAGAAUACAGAAAUGUACCAAACAGUGAGAAAUCUAGACCAGAAGUGGUUAGUUUAUUAAACAACAAUGGUUGUGUAAGGAAGCGGACAAGGACAAAUGUAGCUGUUGUUAGAUAUGCUCGUUUUUCCAAAGAACAAGAUCCUGAGAAACACUACCAAAGCCAGCUUCAGCUGUUCCUUCCUUAUUACACGGAAAACCAGUUAAAACCAUCACAAUUUACAACAUUUCAAGAGUUUCAUGAGACUGGCUCAAUCACAAACAGUAGUAAAAACAUCCAGUCUGUCAAAGACGUAGUAGAAUUCAACAGAUCCAAGUUUGAAAUCAAAGCAGAAGAUUUACAAAACAUACAGGAAGAUAUUGAACACUUUGGAUUUCAAGAAGAUGUUUGGGCAGAGCUGUGUCCUGAGGCAGAACUAGACCGAUUAGAAUGUUUGGAAGACAGAUCUUUAGAUAACAAUCCAAAUCCUGGUGAACAAGAAGUUAUUCCAGAUCUAGAGCCAAUCACAAAACCAGCUUUAUCAUUUCACAUUCAAAAACAGAUAGUCUCACACAAGGAAGCACAAUCCUUAAUGCGUUCUCUAAAUCAGCAGCAGAGCAACGUGUUUUAUAAAAUCCGGCAGUGGUGCUUAGAUAAAGUAAACGGUCACAAACCAAGCCCUUUUUAUGUUUUCAUUUCAGGUGGAGCGGGAACAGGCAAGUCCCAUUUGGUAAAAGCUGUGUCCUAUGAAACAACCAGAAUACUAUCCAGAUUAUCUAAUUUUCCUGAUGAUAUUCAUGUUUUACUGACUGCCCCCACUGGAGUGGCUGCAUUAAAUAUCAAUGCCACAACAAUACAUAAUAGCUUUGCAAUUGGCAAUAAUAUUUCAUUACCAUACCAACCAUUAAGAGAGGAAAAAAUAAACACAUUAAGAGCAACCCUGAAACAUUUACAAAUCUUGAUAAUAGAUGAAAUCUCAAUGGUUGAUAACAAGCUAUUAACAUAUAUCCAUGGUAGACUGCGUCAGAUCAAACAGUGUUCAGACUUUUCUUCAUUUGGUAAUGUCUCCGUCAUAGCUGUUGGUGAUUUUUAUCAGUUGCCACCUGUCAAAGGGACUCCUCUCUACAAGGACCCCAUUGGUUCCAAUUUGUGGCAAAACAGUUUCAGUCAUGUAGAACUCACAGACAUAGUACGACAAAAAAACAAAGACUUUGCUGUAACACUUAACCGUUUAAGAAAACACAAAAAAGACCAACCACUUCACCCACAAGACGAAGCACUUCUCAAACGAUGUGAAACAGGCAUGGGUGAAGACACUGAAAUUCUGCAUCUUUUUGCAACAAACAGUGAUGUUGAUAACCAUAACUUCAAAAUGUUGCAUAAACAAUGUACAGACAUUGUACAAAUCAAAGCCCAAGAUUUCCAUAAAAACCCUCAGACUGGCCGUACCACUAGAAUACCCUCAACACUUGAUUUUGGCAAGAAAACCUAUUUAGAUAAAUUACUAAGUAUUGCUCCUAAAGCUCGUGUAAUGCUCAUUAAAAACAUUGAUGUUUCUGAUGGACUUGUUAAUGGUGUGUUUGGUACUGUUUGUCGCAUACAAUUUCUAAGUAACAAUAGCUUCCCACACAUCAUUUAUGUUAACUUUGAUAACCCAAGUAUAGGCCAACAACUACGACACAGGUUUCCAACUUCAGACACCGAGCUGACUAAUGCCACACCAAUUAGUCCCGAUGAAGAUAAACUUGAAAAGGGGGUUAGACGUCAAUUUCCACUGCGGCUGGCUUGGUCUUGCACCAUACAUAAAGUCCAAGGCCUAACACUACAGAAAGCAGUAGUCUCUUUUAAAAGAAUUUUUUCUGCUGGACAAGCAUAUGUAGCUUUAAGUCGUGUUACGUCACUAGAACACCUCACUAUCCAAGAUUUUAAAGCUAAAGCAAUCUAUGCAAGAAGUGAUGUGGAAGAAAACUUGAAAUUAAUGCCAAACUUUAUCGACACACCAGUUUCAAUGCCAAACUGCACUUUUAAAGUCUGUCUUCAUAAUGUGCAAGGUCUCAAGAAUCACAUACAGGAUGUCAAGAGCAACCAAAAACUACUCACAGCCGAUAUAAUUUGUCUGACAGAAACUUGGUUAAAAGAAACACAUCCCCCUGAAAGCAUUUCACUGCCAGGUUGGACUUUUCACCACAAAACAAGAUCUGACUCAUAUGAUGAAACUGGACUAUUUUCUACUUUCAGAAGCAAAAAUGGUGGUGGUGUUGGUUUCUAUCACAAAAACAGCAUUAUGUGUAAAAGUAUGGCUUUCAAUUGCAACAACCUGGAAGCUUUGCUUUUUAGCACACAGACUUUAAACCAUCAUUAUAUGCUGUUGUACAAACCACCAUCAUAUAACCUUCAGAAAUUCAAAGACAAUCUAAAACCUGUACUGCAUUAUUUCAAUCAAUUUCCAGGAACCAAAAUAGUCAUGGGUGACAUGAAUGACGAUGCACUGGUUUCUAACUCAUUUGUCAGCUUCAUGAAAUUGCAAGGAUACACUCAAAUAGUAACAAGUCCAACAACCGAAAAUAAUACUCUAAUUGAUCAUGUUUACAUCAAAGACAUUGAUCCCAAAACCAUACAUGUAGAAGUUAUUCCCACCUAUUACAGUUACCAUGAAUGUAUUCAAAUAUCAUUCUUGACAGGGACAGACACAGACAUACAGUUACAGGAACUGGAGACAGACAGACAGGGACUGCAGGACAAAUAG